AUGCCUGAUGGUGAAGUAGAUUUUUUUCGCGACACAUGGGUUCGUUAUUUAGGUUAUGCAAAUGAAGUUGGAGAAUCGUUCCGCUCAAUGGUGCCUUUGCGAGUAGUGCAAGCUAGUUACGGUGUUGCCUCUGCUUAUGUACUCGCAGAUACUGUGGACAAAAGUUGGAAAAUGUUUAAGAAAGACGGGCGACCUAAGAAAGUAUUGAUAGAAACGGGGGAUGCAUUGCUGUGGCAAACUUUGGCUUCUGUUGUAAUACCAGGAUAUGCUAUAAACAGAAUAUGCCACUACAGCCAAAAGUUCUUCAGCAAGAAUUUCCGGAAAGUUCCAUUAUCAGCCAGAAACUUGAUGACGGUGGGUGUUGGGUUGGCAUCUAUACCGUUCAUAGUGCACCCCAUUGAUAACAGUGUGACACUUUUAAUGAACCUCACAUAUAGGAGGUGGGUCAAAGAUUAG